AUGGUCGCCAUUGUCCGCCUCGGCCUCGUCCUCCUCGCCAGUGCCAUCACGGCACAGGCCUGCACAUACUGCCAGUGCAAGUUCCAAGACAGCAGCCACUGCUGCGUCUACUCGGAUCCCGAGGUCGGCAACCAAGACUGCACCGCCAUCUGCGCCAACGCCCACCGCGCCGACGGUGUGAGCAACGACGACGGCACGGCGGGCACGGCUUGCAACGCCGGCGGGAAGUAUGAGUGCAUCUCCCCCAUCACCGCCCAGGGCCGCACGCCUUGCUACAAGCAGUAA